CUUGUCAAAGUCGAAUUGACGAAAAUAAACGAUGAAUACGCCUGUCUGAGCGAAGCAGAAGUGAAGUAGCAGGGAGUCCUCUUGACGCCUAGCUUAGUAGCCUCCCUGUCCAGUUAGCAGCUCCUCUCCGUCUUGUGUCGCUCUCUUCCUAUCUCUGUCAACGGCUCAGUAGUUUAGCAGUACGGAGAGACGAGGGCUGCUCCCUUUCUGCUCAGUCAGCCCAGCACACCCACACCAUACAUUCCACCACCAUGGCUGCCACAGAUGUUGACGUGUUUUCGAAUGAAGAGAAGCGUAGCCUUAACUUGGGCGGACAUGUUGGAUUUGACAGCCUCCCUGACCAGUUGGUCAGUAAAUCGGUCACACAGGGAUUUUGCUUUAACAUCUUGUGUGUAGGGGAGACUGGCAUCGGCAAAUCAACGCUAAUGAACACCCUGUUUAAUACCAUGUUCGAGAACGAAGAGGCGAGCCAUUACCAGAAUGCCGUGUAUCUGCGGCCGCGAACAUACGACCUGCUAGAAAGCAACGUCCACCUCAAACUGACGAUUGUUGACACCGUCGGCUUCGGUGAUCAGAUCAACAAAGAGGACAGUUACAAGCCCAUCGUUGACUACAUCGACACUCAGUUUGAAAACUAUCUGCAGGAAGAGCUGAAGAUCAAACGCUCGCUGUUUAACUACCACGACACCAGGAUCCACAUCUGCCUAUAUUUCAUCGCCCCAACAGGACACUCCCUCAAGUCCCUGGACCUCGUCACUAUGAAAAAAUUGGACAGCAAGGUGAACAUCAUACCGAUCAUCGCCAAAGCAGACACCAUUUCCAAGAGUGAGCUCAACAAAUUUAAGAUAAAGAUUAUGAGCGAGCUGGUCAGCAACGGGGUCCAAAUUUAUCAAUUCCCAACAGACGACGAAGCCGUCAGUGAGAUCAACGCCUCCAUGAACGCCCUUCUGCCCUUUGCUGUGGUUGGGAGCGUGGAAGAGGUCAAAGUGGGGAACAAAACCGUGAGGGCCAGACAGUACCCCUGGGGUAUCGUGCAAGUCGAGAACGAGAACCAUUGCGACUUUGUGAAACUGCGAGAGAUGCUGAUCAGGGUCAACAUGGAGGAUCUGAGGGAGCAGACCCACGCCCGCCACUACGAGCUGUACCGCCGCUGCAAGCUGGAGGAGAUGGGCUUCAAAGAUACAGACCCCGACAGCCAGCCGUUCAGUCUUCAAGAGACGUAUGAGGCCAAGAGGAAAGAGUUCUUAGGGGACCUGCAGCGUAAAGAGGAAGAGAUGCGACAAAUGUUUGUCAACAAAGUCAAAGAGACGGAAGCAGAACUGAAAGAAAAGGAGAGAGAGCUGCAUGACAAGUUUGAGCAGCUGAAGCGGAUGCACCAGGAGGAGAAGAGGAAGGUGGAGGAGAAGCGGAGAGACCUGGAGGAGGAGAUGAACGGCUUCAACAGGAAGAAGGUGGCCGCCGAGACGCUCUCCUUAUCUCAGCCGCUCAAGAAGGACAAGGACAAGAAGAAGUUGGUAAAUACGGAGAACCAAUCGGGCGUGAGCACCUCCAACUCCAAGGUGAUGAUGGCCAAGGCCAACGUGGAGCCCUUGAACUGCCAGAGCUGGUGGCAGGCCAUACAGUGCUGCACCUGCCUGGUCCACAACGCCGCCUGGAGCCCCGCAGGCCUCUUCUGAAGCCCCGGCCCCGCGGCAGGCGACCCGGGGUCCGAGGCGGAACCCAGCCCGAUGGACGGAGCGAGGUGAGGGUGGCCGGAGACGAGCAGGGCGUGGAACUACAGCGGAGAAGAGCAGGGAAGUGGAGCGGAACGAGACCAAAACGUUAACAUAAUGAUGUCAUUAUUGUCUCAUCUUCCAUCCAUUGCCUUUACCUCUUAUCAACAUGACAUCAAUGCAUUUCAUGUCCAACCUUCACAAAACAUCUUUCAUUCCUUUAACCCAACCUUCAUCCCAUCCACCCAGGACAAUGUCCCUUCGCAGUCUGUGGUUCUCUUCUCAAGUGUUCAUUGCUGAUGGACACUUUGAGCAACAGAUAGAACAUCCCAUCAUCAGGUUUAACCUAUGAAGACCUACCCGUUGGCCUGAGGAAUCAUAGUAAUCUUGUUCGUAUCGUACGUGCAGUGCGUAUGUGUUCCCAUUUGUAGGCCGGAACUGUAAUUCACAACCUGAGGCUCGAUGUUAAAGGACACUUUGAGUUUUAGUUCUUCUUAGUCUUAUCACAAAGUGACCAGAAAACAGAAGAAAAAAACCCAACACAUUGUGAUGUUUCUCUGUUACAGUCAAAUGUCUAUCAUGUUGUGUCAUUUGCUUUAGUUUUGUCUCUUACUCGGUAGCAAAAAUAAGCCAUGGGUUUUUAAAGAAAGAGGAAUUUACUGGAAGGUAGAUUCAGCAAUGUGGUGCCAAAUUCAAAAAGGAAUUUGUUAAAACAGCUCUCGACUUCUUCAAGCUUUCUAAACUGCCUCCACAAGUUUCCAUUCUUCACUCCACUAUGGGAAUGCAGGGAGUAUUCAGGGUGACGUAGCAAACAAAGGAAGCUUUGUGUUCCGAUUGGACAGCCCGAUACAGUCUCAGACGGUGAAAGAUUUGAGAGCCACAUAGCGGAUUCUGCCUUUCAAAGAGCUUCAUUUGGAUAUUUAAGAAUAUUGAGAGCUGAUGACAAAGCAUCUCUGUAAAUCCUCUUUAUAUAUCAAAGUGUCAUGGUGACCAAUAAUAGAUAGAUUUUACUGAUAGCUGUUUUAUAGAAAAAAGAGAAUGCAAAGUUAUUUCUUCAAGGCAGGGGGAAUGCCAUUGUGAGGUAAUUACAGUAUUGUUCAAAAGUAUUUGAAUAGUAUAAAAAGAGAAAUUCUUUAUUUUAAUAUAGUUUUUAUUGAUGCUUUAUGUCUGUUUAUGUUCAAAUAUUUUUUGGAAUAUAUAAAGUGAAGUGCAAGGAAAAUAAAAGCUUCACAUCAAUAACACGCUGUAAGCCUAUGACACCAUGUCAGUCAAAUGCACGUUAUAGUUGUGAAAAUGCCAUUUUUAGUCCUGCAGAAGACACUGAAUCAGUUCAAAUGUGCCAAACAGCUUUUCGGUGACAGUUAAUGGUUUGCUGCUUUAAAGAAAAUGUAUCACUCCUCCGCAAAUUUCAAUAUCACAAACAAAUCGAACGCUGGCAUUUAUUUGUUGAGGGAAUGAAGCUGUGCUUUGGUCCGGGAUGAGAUUUUUGACUAACAGAAUGCAAAACUUCAAUCCCUGUCAGAUUUGUUGUGUGGAGAAUGUUUAUCCUUAGAACUGAGCAAGUCAACACAAUGGAAAUCCUUUGAAUAUUGUGAAUCAAUGCCAACUCUUGUGGAACUAUUUGUAAUGAAAACUGAUGGGCUGUAUUCAUAAAGCGUCACUAUGCUGGCCUCCAGUCCAAA